AUGAUCGCAGCGCCCUGGGACAGGGCCUCAGCACGCGAGCAGCUAUUUGUGCUGGUCACUGGCGCAAACAGCGGAGUCGGCCUCGGCAUCUGCGAACGCCUCAUCGACGAUUUCCUCGCGACCCGGCCCCUGACCGCGCACCUGAUCCUCAUCCCGACGACCCGCUCCGUCCGCAAGUCUCGCGAGACCAUCUCCUCCCUCCGCGACCACCUCCACCGCACCGCGACCACGUCCCCGGCCCUCCGCUCCCGUGCCGGAUCCUCCUACUACGACCCCGCCGACACCCUCGCCCGCGUCCACCUGCUUUCCACCCAGCUCGACCUCUGCGACCUCGCCUCCGUGUAUGCCUGCGCCGCGAACCUCGUGUCCGGCACGAUCACCGACCCGACCGACACAACGAACCCCGCACCACAGUACAAGAUUCCGCGUCUCGACUCGAUAAUCUUCAACGCCGGCUUCGGCGGCUGGACGGGCCUCGAUUGGGCCAGCCUCUUCACCAGCCUCUUCACACAGGGCCUCCUCUCCAUCGUCACCUGGCCCUCCUUCAAGCUCGCCCGCCCGGGCGCCGUCCUCAACCAGCGCCCCGUCCGCUCCGACCUGGUACCCACAGACUCCCCCGAUAACCCCCUCUCCCUAGCCUCCGCUUACGAUACCAAGCCCUCCUCCCCCGUGCUCGGCGAAGUCUUUUGCGCAAAUGUUUUUGGCCACUACGUCUUUGCGCACGAGCUCCUCCCCCUGCUGAGUAGGGCCACCCCCGAAGAGACCCCUGGCCGCGUCAUCUGGACGAGCAGUAUCGAGCCCCAGGCCCGGCACUUCCGCCUAGACGACUUCCAGGGCGUCGAGACCGAAGGGCCCUACGAGUCCUCCAAGCGUCUCACCGACGUCCUCUGCCUGACCUCGCACCUCCCCGCAACCCAGAAAGUCUCGGCGUCCUUCUUCAAGCCCGAAGACCCCAAGGCGGCGCAGGCCCUACCAGUUCGUCCUUCCUUUUACCUCACGCACCCGGGCGUAGUCGCCUCCAACCUGUUCCCCGUCCCCUUCCCCUUCAUCCUCUUUUGGGCUUACAAGUUUGCGCUCUACCUCGCGCGGUGGCUGGGCUCGCCGUGGCAUCCCGUCACGGGGUACAACGGCGCCGCGGCGCCCGUCUGGAUCGCGCUGCAGGACGACGAGACGCUCGUGGAGCUGGACGCCAAGAAGAUCAAGUGGGGCUCCGCGACGUCCUUCUCCGGGCGGCAGGAUGUCAAGAAGACGGAGGUCGAGGGGUGGGGGUGGGAGGGCGCCGUCGAAGACCGCGACUCCCUGUCCAGGGAUCCGGCGACGGGCGUGCUGAGGAAGGUCGUCGGGAGGAACCCCAACGCCAAGGACCUGAGCAAGGAGCAGCUGGCCGAGUUUGAGGUGCUGGGGACCAAGAUCUGGGCCGAGAUGGAGAGGCUGCGACACCAGUGGGAAGAGUUUCUUGACAUCCGCGGGCAGGGUAUCAACGGACACAGCAACGGCAAAUCCGGAUGA